CAUUAAAACUAGUCUCUGCAGAAUCAUAGAGAAUCAAAGGGACAGAGGAACUUGACACAAGAAAAUGGUAGGCAAUAUAUGAAGGGUUUUACCAGCAGGGUGACAGAAGCACAAAAUGAGAAACCAAACAGGCUUUGAAUUGAUUAAGCUUAUCCAGGUCUCAGAGCUAGUACUUUGAAUUGAUGACUGGUAUAUGAAUUAAUGGCUUUAUAGUAGCAAAGCUUAUUCCAACCCCAAAAAAGAAAAGCUAGCAAAGCCAACUCUCUGAUGGGUUCUUGCAGCAGAAGAAGAGAGGAUGAAGACUCUGAAUUUCCAGGCUUCUACAAGUGUGUUGAUUAUUCUGUUCUUCUAAAGGGGAAGCUUAAAAUCCCCCGAGAUUUUUGCGAGAACUUUGAAGGAAAGAUGCCUCAACAGUGCCGUCUUCAGACUCUUUCUGGAACUUGGCAUGUUGAUGUGAAAAAUAUUAGCGGAGAGUUCUUCUUGAAAAAGGGCUGGAAGGAAUUUGUUGUGGCAAAUCGUUUGAAACUAGGUGAAUGUGUAGUCUUUGAUUACAUUGGACAUGCAAAGUUCUAUGUUGAGAUCUAUGGACACAAUCACUGCAGCAAGAGUUCAAAGGCAAUGAGAAGUGAGAGGCUUCUUGAUGAUGACUCUGAUGAUCAUAAUGUUGUUUUUGUUUACUCGGAUUCUGAUUCUGAACCUCGAAACAGUGAAAUCAGCUUGGAGUCUGAAACUGAGUGUCCUAGGAAAUCAGGUUAUGGAAAAAUAUUGUCAAGGAGAGGAAGAGCUGGUAACUCAGCCACCAUAAGAUGUUUUGGUAAUCCUUGCUUCAGUGUUAAGAUGUGCCAAACUCAUGUGACCAAGGGACCACUGCUCACACCAAGGAGCUUCAUGAGGAACAUACAUAAGCCAAAGAAAGUCAAGCUUCAAGUUGGAGACAUGGCCUGGGAUGUGAACUGGAUCCAUCCUUACCAGCAAUCUAGCAGGUUCAGUGGAGGUUGGCUACACUUUGCUAGCCAGAACAGGUUGCAAGAGGGAGAUUUCUGUGACUUUGAGCUGAUUUCAAAGACAAUUGAGGUUGCAGUGAUGAAGGUUUCUAUUAGGAAAAUGUAGUAUUUGAGACUUUGAGUUAUUUUCCAGUCUGGAGACAAUUAACUAGUAAUUUUCUAUGCGGUUUAGACUAAUUGGGAUGUUUGUGUACCAAGGGCCCCUUAUUUUGGUACAUUCACAGAAGAACACAACACUUUGAUUGUGUGUGCAUUAUUAAUUCUGUAGGAUAUGGAACAGUACCGUGCUUUUAGAUGUGUUUGGAUUA